AUGAAGACCACAGAAAGCGCAGACAGUAAUCAGGUAUUUGAGAAGUUCCAUCACUAUGAUUGGGAGAACGAUUUGGUAUAUCAGGCCGGAUUGAAAAAUAUCUACAAUUCGUACUUCAAGGCAAACACUUCGAUGACUCCGGCGAAGAAACAACAAAUAAUCACUAAUUCUAAGGUUUUCUACUUCAAGAAAACCUUUGAUGUUCAGAUCGAUCUAGGGCAAUACGGCCGAUGGGUACAAGAGUCAUGUUCCCCCGGAUUCUCAAAUACCCCGGAAAUACUGUUGGAACAUCAACCACAACCACAACAAGAACAAGGGGAACAAUCUUCUUUAAGUUACGACGAACUAGUGGAGUUGAUUGUGGCUGGAAAGGAGAUUCCUGGAAUCAGGAAAAUCCCCAACAUCGUGUUGGAAGAUCAGGCAUCAAGGUCGGUAUUGCUGCAGCGGAGGAAGCCUUGGGAAAUUAAGGAUGAUGAUGAGAAAGAGAAAGAGAUUGAGAUUGAGAUCAGUUCAGCUGUAUGA